UUAUGAUUAGAUGAUGGAAUUGUGAUGCUAUAUUACGUACCAACUACUAACACACGGAGAAUCAAUAGACCAACUCAAAAAGCGUCCGAGUCUCAUUCGUGUCUGGCUGACUGUCACACAUCUUUUAAGAAAUUUAAAGUUAAAUUAUUCAACUGUUAAAAUGCCAAUCAAAAGUAUCAAGGCUCGUCAAAUUUAUGACUCUCGUGGUAAUCCAACUGUCGAGGUUGAUUUAGUAACUGAAAAUGGAUUAUUCAGAGCAGCUGUACCAUCUGGUGCAUCGACUGGUGUCCAUGAAGCACUUGAACUUCGUGACAAUGACAAAUCAAUGUAUCAUGGAAAAUCAGUAUUCAAAGCUGUUGAUAAUAUCAAUUCAAUAAUUGCACCUGAAUUACUCAAGGCUAAUAUUGAAGUAACAGAACAAACUGAAAUUGAUAAUUUUCUUUUGAAACUUGAUGGUACACCAAAUAAAUCAAAAUUAGGUGCAAAUGCAAUUCUUGGUGUUUCAUUGGCUGUAUGUAAAGCUGGUGCUGCUAAAAAAUCAAUUCCACUUUAUAAAUGGAUUGCUGAACUAGCUGGAAAUAAAGAAAUUGUUUUACCAGUACCAGCAUUUAAUGUUAUUAAUGGUGGUUCACAUGCUGGUAAUAAACUUGCUAUGCAAGAAUUUAUGAUUUUACCAGUUGGUGCAGCAAACUUUACUGAAGCCAUGAAAAUGGGAAGUGAAGUUUAUCAUUAUCUUAAAGCUGGAAUUAAAAAGAAGUUUGGUCUUGAUGCAACAGCUGUUGGUGAUGAGGGAGGUUUUGCACCAAAUAUACUUGAAAAUAAAGAAGCAUUAAAUUUAAUUAUAAAUGCAAUUAAAACUGCUGGUUAUGAGGGAAAAAUUAAAAUUGGUAUGGAUGUUGCUGCAUCAGAAUUUCAUAAAGAUGGAAAAUAUGAUCUUGAUUUUAAAAAUGAAAAAUCAGAUCCAGCUACAUAUCUUGAGCCAGAAGCAUUGAAAAAUUUAUACUUGGACUUUGUUAAAGAAUUUCCAAUUGUAUCAAUUGAAGAUCCAUUUGAUCAAGAUGGUUGGGAAUCAUGGUCAGCAUUAACUGCUGCAACACCAAUACAAAUUGUUGGUGAUGAUUUAACUGUUACAAAUCCAAUUCGUAUUAAAACUGCUAUUGAAAAGAAAGCAUGUAAUUGUCUUUUAUUAAAAGUCAAUCAAAUUGGAUCAGUAACUGAAUCAAUAAAUGCUCAUAAUUUGGCUAAAAGUGCUGGAUGGGGAACAAUGGUAUCACAUCGUUCUGGUGAAACUGAAGAUACAUUUAUUGCUGAUCUUGUUGUUGGUCUAUCAACUGGACAAAUUAAAACUGGUGCACCAUGUCGUUCAGAAAGAUUGUGUAAAUACAAUCAAAUUUUACGUAUUGAAGAGGAACUUGGUGCUUCAGCUAAAUUUGCUGGUGAAAAAUUCCGUAAUCCAUCAGCUUAAUUUACCAAUAUUUUCUUCUUUAAUUCUUAAUAUUACUUUUUUUUUUUUUUUUUCGUGUAACUUUAUUAUUUCAGCUGUAAUUCAAAAUGUUCAAUUUAAAAAUACAAAUAUUGUUGUUACCUAAAUUUGUCUAGAUAAACCAAUAUAAACUUGAAAAAAAAAAAUAAUAGAAAUUACAAUAAAUAAAAUAAAUAAAAUAAAAAAUUGUAAUUUAUUUUUUUACCUAUAUAAUUAACAAAAAAAAAAGUCAAUAAAUAUUGAUAAUAAUUAAUUUUUUUUUUAUUUUUAAAUUGAUAAAACAAUUAUUUGUAAUUUUUUUUUUUUUUUUGAUUAAUUUUUUUUAUUUCAUCUAGCUUUGCCCCUCAUUCUCUCCAUCUACAUAAAAUUUAAUAAUUAAAUACUGUGUAAAAUACAUAAAAAAACAAAAAAAAAAAUUAAUCCAAUUAAAAAAUAAUAAUUACAAACUAAUUAAAAAUAAAAAUUCUAUAGUUUUUUGAAUAUUAUUAUUUCUUUUUUCAUUCUUUUCCAUAAUUUCAUUAUUAUUUUUCUUAUGGACAAUAUAAUUUUGCACAUUUCCAGGUUGAGCAUUUUAUCAGAGACUAUAUAUCAAUAAUUUUAUUUAAAAAAAAAAAAAAUUAAAGAAACAAA